AUGAAUAACGACGACGAAUUUAAUCUAAAAAACAUCGAUAAAGAAAUUAUUUCACAUCGUCCAAUAUCAUCGUCUUCUCCAACAACAUCAAUAGAAAAUACAAUUAGUCAUGAUUUAUCGUAUAAACAAUUGAGACGACCAGCAUUUUCAGAACAUAUUUUACUUAACGGUAGUUCGAAUAGUACUACCAGUAGUAUAAUUAAUAGUGCUUUAAGUUCACCACUCAUGUUCUCAAGAGAUACGUCAAUGGACACAUUAUCGAGUUCUAGUAUUAAUUUUAGUUCUCAUAAUAGUACGUAUUUGUCCGAACAUAGCACGAAUCCAUCGGGCAUUAUUUCUCCCACUGAAAUUCCAGAUUCUCCACCAUGUGGUAGACAAAGUCCUGUCGAAGAACAAAUGAAAUGCUCUAAUAAUCGUAUAAAUUCACCGGGCACAACGAGUCAAUUAAAUGAAACUGUUAUCGAAAGAACGUUGAAUAAUAAUGAUGAUCAUUCAUCAUCUUCUAUAAGCCGAGAUGAAAUCAAAAUUUAUCGAUCGGAAUAUACCGAUAUGGAUAGUGUACAUUCACUAGACAAUAAUCAACAACAACAAAAUGACGAAAUUUAUAACGAAAAUCCACAACAUGACGAUCUUUUAUCCUCAUGUGAUAUAUCUGUGAGAAAUGAUGACAGUUUACAUAUUUUUACUAGUUCCGCCCUUGACGAUACCUCGUCUGUUCAUUCAUCAUUGAGUUCGUUAACAUUACCAUCAGUUCACGGAACAAACAGAACCUGUCGUACGGUCGAAGAUGUUUUAAGACUUGCACAAUUAAGAAAAAGUCAAGUGCCACAUGAUUUAAGUAUUAUUAAUGAAGAAAGUCUCGAAGAACAACAAAAACAACAAAAUAGUAGUAGUAGCAAUCGUGAGACAACAAGUGAUGAAAACGAAAGUGAUAUGGACGAUGAAAAAGGAAAGCAAAUACUGUUUGAUUUAAUACAUAAGCGUUUAACACACCCACCGAUUGUUCUUGAAACGUCGCAACAAAUUAAUUUAUCAACAUCAUCUUCAUCUACGAUUACAAACGAUCGGGUAAAAGCAUCAUCUUCGUCAAAUGAUCCUAUAAUGCGAGAAGAAUUUCAUGAAUCUGCGAUUCAAUUCUCUUCGUCACAUGACAUCACGAUUCCAUCGUCAAUGUUAUCAAACGACUAUAAUAGUCCUCAUUUUGGUGUACCACCGAAACGUUCAUUAUCAAAUGCAUCAAUUUCGACAACAAGAUCAUCAUCUCAUACAACAAAAAGACAUCGAUUAAACGAAGAAGAUGAAAACGAUGAUCCCAUGGAAGAUGAUGAAGAUUAUGAUGAAGAAAAAGGUGCUGAACUAAUCUCAGCGUUUAUACGUGAAACGUUAUCAAAGAAACCAUUGAAAGAUUUAAUUAGUACAUCGUCUAAUCAACAUGAUGAAGAAAAUUUGCUUGAUGAUAUCAAUUUCGAACAAGAUCCUCAUCCUUCUCCUCAAACUGGUUACAGUAGCAGUAGUAAUACUUCAUCCGUUCGAUCGGAUUCAAUAUUCCCAUUGAAAGCGUAUAAAUAUCAACAUGUUGAAACAACCGCGGAUAUUCAAAUACAAAUGAAUAAAAAACAAAAAAAUAUUAAAGUAAAAAUGAGUAAUCAGCAACAACAACAACAGAAAAAAGUUGAUAGUAAACAAUACGCAUUAAUAAGUUGGAUAAAAAAUGUUUUAGUCAUGAUUGAUGUUCAACAUUGGUCUGGUGCUGGUAAUUUGUUUGUAAUUAUUGAUGAUAGACAUAAAAAAUUUGUUCAUGAUCAAUUAGCCGUACUAACUCCUCAUUUAUGUAUAAGGGAACAAUUAAAUAUGAAAAAUGCAGAAGGGGUUUUGGUUCUGGUUGAUGCUAAAAAUUCUUCAUGCGAAUACAACUUUUACAAUCCAGAUGGCUCAUCCGAUGUUAUGUGUGGAAAUGGGGCAAGAUGUGCUGUACGACAUUGUUUGUCAUUGAAGUUAGUUGAUAAUACAAACAAAAUAAAUCUUACUUUGAAUGGACGAUUAUACCAAACAACACUUGAUGAUUUAAACAAUGUUGGAGUACAUUUCAGACCGCCCACAAAAAUUCAACAUUUUCCCUCUGUAACUCUGAUAGAUGAUCAUUCACCAAUUUCAUUAACAUACGUUGAUGUAGGAAGUCAUCAUUUAGUAUUGGAUGCUAAAGAAUUUAUUCAAUCGCUGAAUGAAUAUCAGUCUUUCAAUUUAGAUAAAUUUGUUUUAUUAAAUAUGGAAAAGCUACAAUCAAUUGUAUCAAUGAAAUAUUUUAACAUUAAUUUGGCUUAUGCAAUCGAUGAUUCAACAAUAUAUUUGAGAACAUUUGAAAAUGGUGUGAAUGCUGAAACUGGAGCUUGUGGAACUGGUGCUUUAUCAACUGGUGCUACAUAUUGGUCAAAACAAAAUAAAGAAAUAAGAUUUGUGAUCAUACCAAGCAGUCAAGAACCUUUAAUUGUUCAUUUAGAGAUCGAUAAUGACAAAAAGAUAACGGAAAUGAUUCUGAAAGGUGAUGCUCGCUGUAGUGCACCACCGAGCCUCUUUGACAUAGCCACCAUGAGAUAUAUUCACUAA